AUGGACAUUAAGAUGGUUCUCAUUAGAUUUUCCUACCUUGAAACAGAUAAGAGUAAUCUGGAAAGAGGCAGCUACAAUGGAGAAAAUACAUACCCGGGAAGCGGACACCUGCGCCAUAGUCCCCCGCUGUCCCGCUGCCUAAGGGCCCCGCUGUCAGAAGAGAAACGUGUUAACCCCACCUGGACCCCACCGGGCCCGCUUCCGUGCGCGCCAGCUCCACCUGGAGGUGCCGUUCUUGACGGACAUGCAGCUAGAGCGCAGGCCGCCCGCCGAGCCGCGGGGCUAGAGCGAACCCCGAGCCCGUCCACAGCACCCAGCUGCGGCCCUAUUGGAGGAACUCGAUCACUGAUUUCUCUUGUCUCUCUCAGGUCUGCAAGUCUCAGGGAAGUAGGAGGGGCGCCGAGGCCCCCAUGUGUGGGAGGAUUGCUUCAGCUUCACAAACUUGCUCGGAUUUUGGUUGCUGCUUUGGCCAGGGGUUCUGCUCAGAUUUCUUCCGAAUUGUUCAAAAUCUCUCUUCAACCUAUAGCAACUGUUCCCAAUGGAGGCACAACACCCAAGAUCAGCAAGACUGUACUUUUAUCUACUAAAAGCAUGAAAAAGAGUCAUGAACAUGGAUCCAAGAAAUCCCACUCUAAAUCCAAGCCAGGUGUUCUUAUAAAAGACAAAGCAGUAAAGGAAAAGAUUCCUAGUCAUCAUUUUAUGUCAGGAAGCCCUACCAAGACGUACAAAAAGCUCCAGGAAAAGAAAGGAUGUAAAUGUGGGCAUGCUACUCAAAAUCCAAGUGUUCUUACAUGCCGCGGCCAGCGCUGCCCUCGCUACUCUAACCAGAAAGCCUGCUUAGAUUGUAUAUGUGCUGCCUGCCAAAACUCCUAUAUGGCCAAUGGGGCGAAGAAGCUGGAGGCAUUUGCACUGCCAGAAAAGGCCUUGGAGCAGACCAGGCUCACUUUGGGCAUUAAUGUGACUAGCAUUGCUGUGUGUAACGCAAGUACCAGCACCAGUGUAAUUAAUGUCACAGGGUCCCCUGUAACGACAUUUUUGGCAGCCAGGACACAUGAUGAUAAAAGUUUGGAUGAAGCUAUAGAUAUGAGAUCCGACUAUUAA